GGGCUGCUCCUCCCGGGACAAGGACCGCAGCGCCACCGUCACCAGCCCAGUGCCCAUGCCUGCCGGGGGCAAGACCAGCCGGACCAGCAGCACCCAGCCCACCACACAGAAGGUCCCCAACCGCCUCAUCCAUGAGAAGUCGCCCUACCUUCUGCAGCACGCCUACAACCCCGUGGACUGGUACCCCUGGGGACAGGAGGCCUUCGACAAGGCCCGGAAAGAAAACAAGCCCAUCUUCCUCUCAGUGGGGUACUCCACCUGCCACUGGUGUCACUUGAUGGAGGAGGAGUCCUUCCAGAAUGAAGAGAUCGCCCGCCUGCUCAACGACGACUUCGUCAGCGUGAAGGUGGACCGCGAGGAGCGGCCGGACGUGGACAAGGUGUUCAUGACCUUCGUGCAGGCCACCAGCAGUGGCGGGGGCUGGCCCAUGAACGUGUGGUUGACCCCCAGCCUGCAGCCCUUCGUGGGGGGCACCUACUUCCCCCCGGAGGAUGGCCUGACUCGCAUUGGCUUCCGCACGGUCUUGCUGAGGAUACGGGACCAGUGGAAGACGAACAAGACCACCCUGCUGGAGAAUAGCCAGCGCGUGACCAACGCCCUGCUGGCCAGGUCCGAGAUCAGCAUGGGUGACCGCCAGCUGCCCCCCUCGGCCGCCACCAUGAACAGCCGCUGCUUCCAGCAGCUGGACGAAGGCUACGAUGAGGAGUACGGUGGCUUCGCUGAGUCCCCCAAGUUCCCCACGCCGGUGAUCCUGAACUUCCUGUUCUCCUACUGGCUCGGCCACCGUAUCACCGCGGACGGCUCCCGGGCCCAGCAGAUGGCCUUGCACACCCUGAAAAUGAUGGCCAACGGCGGCAUCCGAGACCACGUGGGCCAGGGUUUCCACCGCUACUCCACGGACCGCCAGUGGCACGUGCCUCACUACGAGAAGAUGCUGUACGACCAGGCACAGCUCUCGGUGGCCUAUUCCCAGGCCUUCCAGAUCACGGGCGACGAGUUCUACAGUGACGUGGCCAAGGGCAUCCUGCAGUAUGUGGUUCGGAACCUGAAUCACCGGUCCGGAGGCUUCUACAGCGCCGAGGACGCAGACUCGCCGCCCGAGCGGGGCACGCGCCCCAAGGAGGGGGCCUUCUACCUGUGGACCAUCAAGGAGAUCCAGCAGCUGCUGCCCGAGCCGGUGCUGGGAGCCACUGAGCCGCUGACCUCGGGCCAGCUGCUGAUGAAGCACUACGGGCUCACGGAGGCCGGCAACAUCAGCGUCAACCAGGACCUGAAGGGGGACCUGCAGGGCCUGAAUGUGCUGACCGAGCGCUACUCGCUGGAGCUGACCGCCGCCCGCUUUGGCCUGGACGUGGAGGCCGUGCGGACAUUGCUCAACAACGGGCUGGAAAAACUCUUCCAGACCCGGAAGCACCGGCCAAGGCCACACCUGGACACCAAGAUGCUGGCGGCCUGGAACGGCCUGAUGGUGUCUGGCUUUGCGGUGACUGGGGCCAUCCUGGGUAUGGAGAAGCUGGUCAACUACGCCAUCAACGGGGCCAAGUUCCUGAAACGGCACAUGUUUGACGUGUCCACCGGCCGCCUGAUGCGGACCUGCUACGCUGGCACCGGGGGGACCGUGGAGCACAGCAACCCGCCCUGCUGGGGCUUCCUGGAAGACUACGCCUUCGUGGUGCGGGGCCUGCUGGACCUGUACGAGGCCUCGCAGGAGAGCGCGUGGCUGGAGUGGGCACUGCGGCUACAGGACACGCAGGACAGACUCUUCUGGGACUCCCGGGGUGGCGGCUACUACUGCAGCGAGGCCGAGAUGGGGUCGGGCCUGCCCCUGCGCCUGAAGGACGACCAGGAUGGGCCAGAGCCCAGCGCCAACUCGGUGUCGGCCCACAACCUGCUCCGGCUGCACGGCUUCACGGGCCACAAGGACUGGCUGGACAAGUGCGCGUGCCUGCUGACCGCCUUCUCAGAGCGCAUGCGCCGGGUCCCCGUGGCACUCCCCGAGAUGGUCCGCGCCCUCUCUGUCCACCAGCAGAGACUCAAGCAGGUGGUGAUCUGUGGAGACCCGCAGGCCAAGGACACCAAGGCCCUGCUUCAGUGUGUGCACUCACUCUAUGUCCCCAACAAGGUGCUGAUUCUGACUGACGGGGACCCCUCCAGCUUCCUGUCCCGCCAGCUGCCCUUCCUGAACUCGCUGAGGCGGCAGGAAGACCGGGCCACGGCCUACGUGUACGAGAACCAGAGCUGCUCCAUGCCCAUCACAGAGCCCAGUGAGCUGCGGAAAAUGCUCCACUAGUGACUGCCUGGUCCCCUUGGGGCCGGGGCCCGAGACGGAGCUUCCCAACAGGCCAGAGACUCAGACCCCUCA